GCGUCUCACACAGAGUCAGGUGUCAGGCUGUACUGAAUAAUUACGAAAAUCAAAAAUGUAUUCAUUUUUCCAAAGAUUUUUCCUGCAGGGUUUGGAACUGGCCAACACCGGCUAAUACUGCAGAGUAAUCGCGUCAUAUGAUGAGACCAUGACUCUGUCUCUGCGUGACUUUUAUUCAUUCAUUCAAGGAACGAGUCUGUAUUCCGUGCUUUACAGUUGAUUGUAAAUCUUUAUUAUGUUUUCCUGUGCUGUCUGUAAAAUAUUUCGUGAUGGUCACCCAUCGCACAAAAGGGAAAGCUUCUGGGCUUGGAUUGUUAGCUUCGCCGCUGCAACGAAUCUGGCUUUCACCACUGGAUUGGUUUAUAGUUUUGGAGUGCUCUUGCCGAUAUUCAUGGAUCAUUUUAAAGAAAGCCGAGAACGUACAGCCUGGGUUGGUUCGCUACCUAUCGCCCUGGUGCCGUUCUUUUCCAUAUUUGCAAGCUCCUUAGCCAAUCGAUUUGGCUGCCGAACGGUCUCUGUGACGGGAUGUAUGGCAUUUGCGCUCAGUUUAGUGACAGCUUCAUUGGCUAAGAACUUGACCGUCUUGUACGUAGCCUUUAGCGUUAUUGGGAUUGGGGCUAGUUGUGCAUUAGUGUCAGGUUUAGUAAUGGUUCGAAAAUGUUUUGACAAACGCGAAGCAUUUGCUCUUGGAAUCGUUUCAACGGGGCAAGGCUUGGGAACAAUGGUUCUCAGCCAAGUUCUUCAAUAUCUUACUGACGCUGUCGGCUGGAGAAGUACAUUGCGGAUCAUGGCGGGUGCUUUAGUUUUAAACGCAUUGCUUGCUUUGCUUUUUGAUUCUAAAGUGGACACAGAAAACUCUGAGAGCGGGGAACAGCUUUCAAGUGAAGAGGAUGGACAGAGAAGAAAGUCCAAACGAUUCACAUUCCAUUGCUCCGUAUGGAAAGUUCCCAGUGUUAUUGCGCUUACAAUCACAGGAGUGUUCUUUAUGUUUGGUCGUUCUAUAAUCUAUGUGCUUGUGGUGAAAUACUCCGUAGAUCGUGGGAUGUCUUCUGCAGCGUCGUCAAGGCUCGUUCUUUUUAUGGGAAUCAAUAUUGUUCUUGGCCGAUUUGUGAGUGGCUUUCUGUGCUCCAUCAAACGACUCGAUAACUGGUUUAUUUUACAAGGCAUGGCAAUCACAAACGGCGUCUCGACAAUGCUCCUUGCCUUGGCUAACAGCUACGAAUGGUUAGUCGCAUAUUCCGUUAUAUUCGGGUUUUGUGACGGGGCAAUGGGUGUAUUGGUUAACAUCAUAGCUCUGACAUGCGUAGAUCCCUCUAAAGCAGGUUCAGCCUUUGGUAACGUUUUGCUGGCGACGUCCUUUGUGACAUUAGUUGGACCUCCUCUGUCAGGUUUUACCGUCGACAAACUUGGCACAUAUGGGCCUGCAUUCUUCAUGGCUGGCGGUGCUCUUAUUGUAGCUUCGUUUACUCCAUGGAUACUGUGCUGUCUUAGAGACCUUUAAUGUGGGGAUACUCCAUGUAAUAAUUAAUGGCCAUGGCAGCAAUGCAAACAUGAAUAAACGGAGUCAAUCUGGCGUUCUUUACUUGAACGUACUUG